GUCAUGACCCCAACAUGGCGGCUGUAUUACCCGUGUUAUGCGAUGAAACAAUAAGACACGAGUGCGGUGAGAGUUUCUUCCCAGAUAAAGUGAAAAUACGCUGAACCGGUGCAUUCCCCCAUCAUCUGUGUAUUACCCAGUGAUAACAGGGUACUUGCCCCGGCGUAUGGUCCUUAAUUCAGGGUGAAAGGAUUCAUUAGGAUGUAGACAAUGCGAUUGAUCAAUUAUGACAUAACUGGUGUCAGUGGCUAUUACUCAGAUGAGAUGCAGCACACUAAUGAAUUGUAAUUAUUUGCAAUCGAUAAUCAACGAGAAAAACUGAUGAGUUGCUCGGUGGAAUUGAGGCAGAGACGACAGACAGGGAUGACGGAGGAUCCCCACAGAUUAGCAGCUAUGAUGAACAAGUCCCAGAGGCUGGUUCUGGGGCUUCUCGUUCUGCUCCUGGUAGAUAUUAUUUGGGUGUCCAGCUCAGAACUGACUAAGUACGUUUACAAAGAAGCUUCGUUCGAGAAGCCCUUCUUCAGCACAUACGUGAACACCUCCAUGUUCACCCUCUACCUCCUGGGCAUGUGCUUCUGGCCUCCUUGGAGAGACCAGUGCAACAAGCCCACAACGUACAUGUUCAUAGACCCCAACGCCGAGGACGACAACUUCUACUCGGAAGCCAACACCAGCCUCAGCGAUCCCACCUUCGUUCCAAUAAAAAAGCCCGACCACUACGACCGUUCAUCAGGCACUGAAAGUGACGAUUCCUCUAUUCGUGGGGUGCGUUUCAGCAAAUUGGCUGAGGUGAGACACAUGUCAGAGAGCGAUGCCACUGAGGCUCUUCUGGCCAGGCUGAGUUAUCAGGCCAGUGUCAGGGCUGGAGAACAUGCCAGGAGACAGGCUCAUAAGUUUUCGGUUCAGAAGGUCGCCAAGAUUGCUCUCAUGUUCUGCAUCCUCUUAUUCCUGGCAAACUAUACAUUCCAAAUUUCUCUCGCUGAAACCGAAGCUGGAAUAGUGACAGUAUUGUCAUCAACUUCGAGCCUCUUCACCCUCUUUCUCGCUACAUUUUUUCCAAGUAACAGUGGCGACAAAUUCACUUUGUCAAAGCUCGUCGCGGUGGCUGUCAGCAUCUUCGGCCUCGUAUUGGUGGGUCUCUCUGACAUGCACAUGGAGAGCAAGGGCAUACCACCAGGCAUAAUAUUGGCUCUAGUCAGUGCAUUUUUUUACGCCACUUACAUUGUUUUUCUAAAGAGAAAAGUCGAUCACGAGGAUCGCAUGGACAUCCCAAUGUUCUUUGGUUUCGUUGGACUAUUCAAUUUAACUCUCCUCUGGCCACUGUUUUUUAUUCUUCAUUAUGGACAUUGGGAGGAGUUCGAGUGGCCCAAUAGCCAUCAGUGGACGUUUCUCAUUAUCAAUGGACUUAUUGGGACUGUACUUAGCGAAGUAUUAUGGCUGUGGGGGUGUUUUCUAACGUCGUCUCUGCUGGCAACGCUAGCUGUCAGCCUGUCAAUGCCCAUGUCAAUGAUUGCAGAUGUGCUUCUUAAGAAAGUCGAAUACUCAUGCAUUUUCUAUCUCGGGAUGGUACCCAUGGUGCUUGCAUUCAUAACAGUAUCUUUACUGUCGCAUUAUGAUAACUGGGACCCUGUCAUGGAUUUGAUCAAAAGCUUCUACUCUUGGGCGUUUAAGAAGAGCCGAACUAUCAGGAUACCAGAUUUAGAAGCUGAGCAAACUGAAUCUCUCAUCGGUAUUAACCAUGGGGAAGACCACGAGGCUUAACACGACAAUAACAUAAUCCACGAGAGAAAUCAAUCAGCCCCUAGGUGCACAAUUGACGCCCAUUUCGUUUGAAUUUCCACCCGGUUUAUCGACAUUCUGAUUUAUCAGUAUAAUAACUGCAUUCAGUUUCCAUAAUUUAACGAUUUCAGCAGCGUUAAGAAUAGCUGAUAAUUAUCGAUGUGAUUUUGACUACUUGUUUCUAGUUAUUUAGGAGCAGAUGCAUGCUCCAAUGCUUGAGUACCAGUUUCUUUUCAUUAUCUUGAGGGACAAUUUAUGACGCUGCUUAGUAUUCCAGUACUUACAGAAAUUUAAUUUAGCAUUGCAACCCAGGUUUACCUUAGAUAAUUAAUUGUAAUUACUUGAAGACAUGUCAGUGAGAUAUUUAUGUAAUUCUUCGAGGAAAUGAUCAAAAUAAUUGUUGCUAAUCCAGACCAAUAUUCCUAAAUUGAUUGAGUCACCAAAUUUAAGGUGUUAAUUAAUGUUUUAAUGGUGAUUUUAGCCUGAGAAAGUGAUAAAAUGUGAAAGAUCGGGCAAAAACAUUUUUUUUCGCCUUUUAAUUGUUGAAUUCAGAGGAAAGAAACUUCCCAAAUGGAUGAGCAAUUCAAUGGUAAUGACUAAUUAGAAUUUUGACGUUUUGCCACUUUCCCAGAGAAUUAUUUUAAUAACGUCACAACUGUCAUGGAAAUUGAGGAAUUAAAGUGACUCUCCAUAAAUUGUCUAUGAAAUCUAGUCCAUGAGAAAAAAAAAAUUCAAAAUAAUGACUGCAAAAAUAGUCAUCUGAAUGUAUUGUGACGUCUAGGAAAAUAUUUUUCUACAAUUGGUAAUGAAUUUUCGAUUGAAAAAUGUUUUAAAAAUAAUUAGAGACGUGAGACAUCAAUGUACAACUCUACCUUUAAUCGAUCAUUUGAGACUGCUUGAUUUUUCGCCUUCCUUGGAAGACUAAAGAUUGCUCGCACAAUAAAAAAUAAUUGAAAAUGAUAAAUGAAUUUUAAACAAUGGUAAGUGAUAAGAGAACAGGUGAAAGUCAUUUCUGCUAACAAAAAAAAAUAUUGUUUUCACUGUUUUUUGAUGGAUUUAAUUUUCAAAAAUUGAAUAAUUGCAUUUCUAAUGGAACUUUAUCAUUACGAUGCUUCUUGUUGUGAUAUAAGAACUACUAAAAGAGUAAGAGAACUAUCGGUAGGAGACUAAUAGUAGAAUUAAGAUGGCGAUGGUUACAAGAAGAUAAUGAAGAGGGAGAUGGCGAAUUGGGAUGAGACAGACCAUUCCUAGGGUGUAGAGUUUAUCGUUCCUACAUAUACCUGUAAAUUUAUUGUAAAUAUACUUAUUGAAUCGUUGAGAAAAAAAUAUAGUCAGAUUAUACGAGUAAAAACAA